AUGGCAGCCUCGAGCGUGAGUUCGUCAGAGUUCCUGGCUGAGCAAAAUGAUCCGAGUCUGGACCAGCGGGUCAGCAUUGCGUUCAUUGUGAUUGAUACAUUUCUCAUGCUGGUAUUCUACGUGAGCCGGUAUUUCAAUCCUAAGGCCGUAGGAGGCCCCAUGCUGAUAUGUAAUACGCUGUGCUAUGUGUUUUGUUUGGGGAGUGCGACGACAGGAAUCUUAAUGGUGAAAAUAGGCGGCGCAGGGUUUCAUGUCAAUGCCAUCCCACUGAACAUCUUUCAGACCUGGCUGCAAUUAUCCAAAGUUCUCGAAUUCACCUACACACCUGCCGUCAUGUUCGCUAAGCUUGCCACUCUCUUCCUCUACUAUCAAGUCUUCGAAGUCUCGCGUUAUCGCCGCAUCAUCGCCGGCAUUGGCGUGAUUAUAGUUCUUCAAUGCUUGGUUUCCAUUAUCUUGGCGUUUUCGAUUUGCCGGCCUUUCAGGUACUUCUGGACCCAGGCAGCUGAUGUCAACGAUGGAACUUGUGGGGACGUCAUGCUUUUUUAUAAGAGCUAUAGCAUUCCGAGUUUGGUCACAGAUGUGAUGAUACUGGUGCUCCCGUGGCCGAUUCUUCUCAAAUUACAAAUGCAUACUUCGGAAAAGAUUGGCCUGAUCCUUACUUUUCUGGCUGCCUCGCUGGGCAUAAUAACAUGUGCACUUCGCUUCUCCGUCUUCUUUACUGUUCCACUCUUCUCUGACCCAACCUGGUACGCCUCAGGGGGUCCCAUGAUCUAUGCCCUCGUCGAACCCUCCAUCUACAUGAUAGCUAGCAUACUGCCCACUACGCGGCAUCUUUACCGGCGAAUCUGUAGGAAAGUGAGACAAGCUGCGCGGCUUCAGAGGGAGAAUGACAACAAUAGCUUGGAGAUUAUAGGCAGUCUGUCUCAACCGGCAGAGCCCCACAAUAUCAAGAACAGCGACAAAAGCUGUCAAAGAAUCACAGGACGCAUGGACAUCUGGCAGGCAAAUACAGAUUCAAGUGAGGAGGAGCUGACACUGGGAGAUCAGAAUCGGCAGGAAUGGGAUCAAUCCAGCAGACACUCCAUCGUGGAGUUCACCCGAAGCGCAUUCUUCUGCGAGCAGUGGGAGCUUGGGGCAUCAGGAGCAAUCUGCAAUACAGAUGAGAGACAAAUCUUUGCUUAG